AUGGAUGCAGAUUGGGACGAGGUCGCCCGCAUCCAGUUCCCGCCCCCGGGCGCCCACGCUCUGCCAACCCCAGUCACGACGAUGAUGUUCGACACGUCCCAGGAACUGCUGUGGACCGGAAAUGACUACGGGCGCGUUACAUCUUUCGUCGGAAGCGAGCUGCAGCGCUACACAUCAUUCAAAGCGCACCUCUCCUCGGAAGGCCCCGUCCGACAGAUUCUGGUCAAUGACAAAGGCGUGAUCGCUCUCGGAUCCAACGAUGUUCACAUGUCACAUAGAAGAGGUGCGGCAAUAUGGCAUAUCAAACACGAUGCCAUGCGAGACCUACGGUGCAUGAGCUUUACCUCGAAAGGCACCGCCGAGAUAAUUGUUGCCGGAAUGCAGGACACAAUGCUUGUUAUCGACCUCAAUAAGGGUGACGUCGUCAAGCAGGUCCCGACCGAGCACCAAUACAUCAUCAUGAAACGAGGCCGUUAUAUUUGCGCCGCAACCCAGAGUGGACUUGUCAACUUGCUGGACCCAGUCACUUUCGCCGUCGUCAAAUCCUGGAAUGCCCAUUCCGCGCUAAUCAACGACAUGGAUGCCCAGCACGAUUUCAUUGUCACAUGCGGUUACUCACUGCGCCAAGGACAGAACUAUAUGCUGGAUCCGUUCCUCAACGUCUUUGACAUUAAGAAAGUGUCCUCCAUGCCGCCAAUUCCAUUCCCUGCUGGUGCUGCAUAUGUCCGCAUGCACCCCAGAAUGCUCACUACGAGUAUCGUUGUGUCGCAGAGUGGCCAGAUGCACGUGGUGGAUCUUAUGAACCCCAAUACCAGUAACGUCAGGCAAGCAAACGUGAUAAGUUAUCUCAGCAUGUUUGAGAUUGCCCCAUCUGGAGAAGGCAUGGCAUUGGCUGAUGCGGAAUGUCUUAUUCAUCUAUGGGGGUCUCCUACCAAGCUUCAUUUUGUCGAUCUUGCAACACCAAUCGAGUUUGCUGCUCCAGAAGAACGCUUGCCUCCCAUGGAAUUUUCUUCAGACUUGCCGCUUAACACCGUGGGUCUUCCUUAUUACCGCGAUGUUUUAGCUUCAGCAUGGCCAGAUCUAGUAUCCGAUGUUGGAGCGCCACCACCUAAGCUUGAUCCGCAGUUCCUUUCUACACUCAAAGCUACGGGCUUUGCCUUGUAUGGACGCAACACGCGGGGUGUAAGACGAAAUCAAAUUGAAGACACUCGAAACCUGACAAGGUCCGUCAAUGCCGCUCUCAAAGCACCCAAGUUCCUCAGCGAAAAAGCGCGCGAGUCGGCCAAGUCAGACGGCGCUGGCGACGACAGAGCUGAUGAGGUCAAUAACCCACUGGCUGAGGCAGAGAUCGAAAGCAAGAAACCCGAAGUUCCUGCCAUGUAUGGAAACGUGGAGAUCAAGUACAGCAAGUUUGGCGUUGAUGACUUCGAUUUUGGAUUCUACAAUAAGACAAAGUAUUCAGGACUCGAAAUUCAUAUAUCAAACUCUUACGCCAAUUCUCUCCUGCAGAUGAUGCAUUUCAUCCCCAUCAUUCGGAAUCUUGCUCUUCGUCAUGCUGCCACGUCAUGCUUGAGCGAGAUUUGCAUACUGUGCGAGCUCGGCUACUUAUUCGAUAUGCUGCAAAAGGCCGAAGGAUCAAUUUGCCAAGCAACAAAUCUGCUAAAGACCCUCAGCAAUCAACCUCAGGCCGGCGCACUGGGACUUUUGGAGGAGGACCCACGCGGUUCUUCGCUUAAUAUGAUGCUCCAAGGCCUGACGCGCUUCCUCCUUGACAAAAUUGUACAAGAUUUUCGAUUAAUAGAGGGUACAUCGGCGCCAAUGGAGCAGGUUCUCUCAACCUCAGCAACCAGUUCCAUCAACUGCAUAUCCUGUCGCAGCGAGUAUACACGCCCUGGGUCGACUUUGGUCAACGACCUACUGUACCCCUCAUCGAAAACUCAAUCCAACGUCACAAAGAUGCCACGGGUCACCUUCUCUCAAGUCCUUAAGAACAGCAUCGAGAGGGAGACAACAUCUAAAGGAUGGUGCGGAAAAUGCAGCAAAUAUAAGAACAUUGCGACAAAGAAGACUAUUCACAGCAUCCCAGCGGUUCUCAUUUUGAACACUGCGAUCAACAGCCCCGAACACCGCAUACUUUGGUCUACGCCAGGCUGGCUUCCAGAGGAAAUCGGCAUUAUUGUGGACCAAGGCCAGUUUUUCUGCUAUGAAGGCGAGGACUUGAAACUUCAUCUCCAGCGCGGCAUGCAUAAUAUUACCGUCUAUUCGUUGAUCGGUAUGGCAAUUAACAUCGAGAACGGUCAAACUCAGAAGCCACAUCUGGUAUCAAUGAUCAACGUCGCGCACGCCGAGGCAGAAGCGCCGGGUAAGAGCCAGUGGCAUCUGUUUAACGACUUUUUGGUGCGAUCAGUCAGCACAGAAGAAGCGCUUACUUUCAAUCCUUCCUGGAAAGUGCCCUCAGUCAUAUCUUUUCAAGUCAAAAACUCGAACAACAAUAUCGAUUCCACAUGGAAGGAUCAACUUGAUACUUCGAUUCUGUACCAAGACAUAAACCCACACCCCCCUGACACAAAAACCUACCAACUACUCAAGCAGCCAACAGAGCACCCUGGCCCUGAGACCAUCAUUGCUUUGGACACCGAGUUUGUGGCUGUCAGGCAACCAGAAAUCGAGAUGAAUUCAGACGGGGAACGAGAAACAAUUCGACCCAUUGUAUACGCAUUGGCCAGAGCUUCCGUUGUUCGAGGUCAAGGGGAAGAAGAGGGACUGCCUUUUAUUGACGACUACAUCACUAUCAAAGAACCAAUUGUCGACUACCUCACAUCUUAUUCAGGCAUUACACAGUCAGACCUAGACCCACGGGUCUCCCAGCACAGUUUGCUGCCCCUCAAAAUGGUAUACAAGAAGCUUUGGGUUUUGCUGAACCUAGGCUGCAAGUUCCUUGGGCACGGCCUCAAGCAGGAUUUCCGCGUCAUAAACAUCCACGUACCCAAGGCCCAGAUCAUUGAUACUAUUGAUCUCUUUUUCCUAAAGACACGGUUACGAAAACUAUCACUUGCCUUUCUGGCCUGGUAUCUGCUGAAGGAAGACAUCCAGAUGGAAACGCACGAUUCGAUCGAAGACUCACGCACCGCGCUCAAGCUAUAUAGAAAAUACCUCGAGUUUGAAGAUGCUGGAAUUUUGGAGCCGAUGCUGCAGGACAUCUACCGCGCCGGGCGGGACGUCAACUUCAAGCCGCCGCGCAAGGAGGGGCAGGAUGUACAGCGCAUAGACACGCCACCGUUGCCGGUGGACGCCAAUGGAAAUCCGUCGACGCCGGUGAGACGGGCCGCGACGCUGGCGACCGCAGGUUUCGCUGGCGGAAACUGGACGCCUGGCAAGGGCUCUCCGCUGAAAUAG